UGUUUGCAACCCGGGCACACAGCGUCCUCGCUUUUCAACAGGGAGUGAACCAACUUAAACUUUCCCUUGCCAGCCGGCGUUCAGCACUUUGACGAGGAUGGAGAGCGAAUAGUCCUACAUGAGCAAAGAGCUUGAUUCCAGAGAAGAUGAUGAGCAGGGGAGGGAGGCAUUAAUGGUGGUGGCGUGUGUUAAUAAUAAAGUGUCUGGGCACGUUUCAAGAGUCAUCAGAUUUCUGUGCAUGUACUCAGCUGCAAGUCUUUCCACUCGGCGAGGCAGCACAGAAGCGCGAUGCUAUUUUUAGAAACAACGUUGCUGUAGGGGAAUCAGUCAAAGUGGGGCUAAAAUAGUGCAUUCAUGACAAUCUGCUGCUUUUAGUGCUGCAAUCCUCUGAGAUUACUUCUUGCGCUAUUUGCCGGGUCAUGGGAUAGGACGUUGCAUUUUUUUUCUAUCUUGUCUCAGCUGAUGCCAAAUGAUGCCUUUUCCUCUCAUGCUCUCCAGGAAAGCACACCGGUGGACUGCAAACUUUUGCACCAUGGAAUCCAGCACACUUUUUGGCAAUAGUGGCUGCAAUGCUUUUGGGACCUCGUGUACUUUUGUGUCUUUUCAGAGCCUUAGAAUGUCUAAAGAACACUGCAGUUUGGGAUGUGAAUGAGAAUUACUCAAUGACAAAGAGCUAAGGAGCCUUAAACCCCGGGAGGCGGACGCUGUUUCCUCACCUUCUUUACUUCUAUCAAUUGUGAGCACGUUUUUUUUUUGUUGGCUCUUAUGGGAAUUAAGCACUCGUCCCGCUGCAUGCUCCUCAGGAGAAAAAUGGCGGAGUCUGAGAGCAGUGAGCAACCGCAGUCACAGCCACGGCCAAUCCGCAUAAUUCCAUCCCAGUCGGCACAGCCCACCGCGUUACCCAAGCCUGUGCCUUCCAUCCAGCACGCCCCACGGCCUGCUCUCCCGCCACACACGCCCCAUGCUGCCAGCCUCCCUAGCUGUCCUGGGCGGGGCAAGAUGGCCAAGUUCCUUAGCCCGGAGGAAAUGACCUCGCGAGACUACUACUUUGACUCUUAUGCCCACUUUGGCAUACAUGAGGAGAUGCUGAAGGACGAAGUGAGGACACUCACCUACAGGAACUCCAUGUACCACAACAAGCACAUCUUCAAGGACAAAAUAGUGUUGGACGUUGGAAGUGGGACUGGCAUCCUGUCCAUGUUCGCAGCCAAAGCAGGGGCAAAGCACGUGUAUGGGAUUGAAUGUUCCAGUAUAUCAGAGUACUCGGAGAGGAUCAUCAAGUCCAACCACCUCGACAGUGUGAUCACCAUCUUCAAAGGCAAGGUAGAGGAGGUGGAGCUUCCUGUUGAGAAGGUUGACAUCAUAAUAUCUGAGUGGAUGGGCUACUGCCUCUUCUAUGAAUCCAUGCUCAACACCGUCAUCUUUGCGAGGGACAAGUGGCUGAAACCCGGUGGAUUAAUGUUUCCUGACCGGGCCUCUCUGUAUGUGGUGGCCAUAGAGGACAGGCAGUACAAAGACUUCAAAGUGCAUUGGUGGGAGAAUGUGUAUGGCUUUGACAUGACCUGUAUCCGUAAUGUGGCCAUGAAGGAACCACUAGUGGACGUAGUGGACCCCAAACAGGUGGUGACCAACUCCUGCCUCGUCAAGGAGGUGGACAUCUACACAGUGAAGCCCGAGGACCUCUCAUUUACCUCAGCGUUCUGCCUGCAGAUCCAGAGGAACGACUACAUCCAUGCACUGGUCACCUACUUCCACAUCGAGUUCACUAAGUGUCACAAGAAGACUGGUUUCUCCACCGCACCAGAUGCUCCAUACACCCACUGGAAACAGACAGUGUUUUACCUGGAGGACUAUUUGACGGUGCGGAGAGGAGAGGAGAUCACCGGCAGCAUUGCUAUGAAGCCCAAUGAGAAAAACAUUCGCGACUUGGACUUUACCUUCGAGUUGGACUUCAAGGGACAGCUGUGUGAAGCGGCCAUAGCCCAUGACUACAAGAUGCGUUAAGUUUGACUGGGGGGACGUUGCCCCACUGACUACAGCGCCUGAGCACCAGAGGCAGACAGAAACUCUCCCGUGACCACAGACAGACACAUUGGCUGACGUAAAGAGGGGCAUAGGAUAAGAGAAAACAUCAGGUCAAAGGACAGGAAGAGGUGGCCCCAUUGACAAUAUCAGUACUUUUAUUGCAGCGUAUGAUGAAGGCAGGAUGUUACUGAUGCUGACUGUUAAACAAUUCUGAAUGUAACACUGAUUAAAAAAAGAGGCCAGGAAUUUUUAGGUGAAUGUUAUUGAUUAUUGAUGUGUGUAUAUGUGAGAUGGAGUGAUGUAUCUGUGUUUUAUUCAGUACUUGUUUUCCAUAAAAACCUGGACCUUAUGGAGGGAUUUUACACUAGAGCUCAUCUAAUGAAUUACUGUAUUGUCCAUAUUCUGCUGUAGGUAGGCAAUACAUUUAAGGUGUAAUUCUUAUGUCAUAAUAUGUGCUGUGGGGAAUGGUCAGAUCUCUCAAUCAGAGAAACGCUUUACUUUAUCGUCAAAUUCAUUUAGCAAUGUUGGAAAACUAACAGCAAAGGACAAACCUGCGUAGGUGCGUAUAUGUGUAACGUGAAAGGUAGCACGUGUUUGCAUAGUCAGUGUACUACUAGCUUCCUGUGAGUGUGCAAUAGAAUGUGUCAAAGCUCACACUGUUGCACAGCCUGGACUCCAGAUGUGCUCUUUGUUGUCACUUUGAUCUGUGAUGUUGACAUGCCAAUAACAUACCUUCCCCAUUCUAAAUGCCUUGACCAUGUGCCGAAGUGUACCUAGUUCUUUUCCUCACUGCUGCAUUAAGCUCUUUUCUAUAGUUUCAUAUAUAGGCGGUAGCCACUUUCCUUUUAUUAGAUUGAGAUUAGAUAUUACUUAUGCUCAAGCCAUCUCAAACAAUCCAACCUUACAUAUCUUAUUAAGUCCUAACAACCAGCUCUGAUCUCAGAUAAUAAGUUUCCCCACUGAAAUUAUGACAAUGAUAACCAAGAUACAGUGACACUGCAGGUCGUCGAGUGUCACUGUAUCUUGGUUUGAACCUAAUGAGACUGAGAAUCAUGUUUCUUAAGUUUGAGUUUCUUGAGUACUAUCACAUGAUGCGAUGCUAGAGUUUACAGACUGUAUUUCAGUAGGACAUACUUCCCCUGUGCUCUUACUUAGGUCAUCGCCAAGCUAUCCACUGAAGAGUUUUCUUCAGUUGAGAUGUGGAUCAGGGCAAAAGAUUAACUUAAAAAUAUUUAACACCUCACAUCGAUGUUCCUAUUAGCCUCAAAUAUCGACUAAAGAAAACAAUACAAAAGUUUUAUCUUUGAAACCAUUUGGUGAUAAAUAAUCUCUCCCAGAUUGGAAUUGUGUGUUUAUGAUAGUGUGGAGCCAAGCCUCUAUUCCCUUGUGUUAUCUAUUGUGCAGAGGCCCAACUGAAUCUUUUCUGGGCUGUAACCAAAAUGUAAAAUACGAGCACUUGGGAGCAAUGAGGGAAGCUAGAUAAGUUAUAAAGCAUUCAACUAAUGCUAGUAUCAAACACCACAAAGUGUAGUAUCAGACUGAGUGCUACCUUCUCAGAGCAGAGUUACUUUGAGCCUACGUAUUUAAGAGGGCACUGGCUGGGACAAAUAAGCAAUACGAUGUUUACUAAAGCUUACAUUAAAUAAUACUUAAGACAUCCUACUUAUUUAGAAUACUUGCUUCUCAAACCUUGUUUGCCAUAUAGUUUAUAAGUCCAAACAGAUCUAAUAAAUUGGCAUGUUAGAUCCACAUGU